AUGCGAUCCCCAUCACCAAAGGUCGAAGACCAAGGUUCUGAUCCGUUUAUAACACCAGAACCACCCACGAAAAAAGCGCUUCCUACGCUGUUAUGGCAGAGGAUCGGUGAAAUGCCACUUGUGCAAAAGGUGAAGAUUGUUGAAGCUGCUUCUCAUUUAGGCAUUGCAGCUUUGAAUGACAUGAUGAAGAUUAUGAGCCACUACGAGCAGUCUGACCCAGCUGUGAAAUUUGAGAUCUUAUCAUUAAGAAAGGUUUUGGAACAGAAAAAAGAGAAUCAAAUUUACAUCGGUUUUCUCGGUUGCAGUGGAGCUGGUAAAUCCUCGUUGAUCAAUGCACUUUUAUAUGAGAGGAAUAUUCUACCGAUCAGUCAUGAAGAGGCUUCUACGUCUGUCAUUGUUGAGAUUUCUUACAACACCAGAUCGGACUAUCAAUAUGUUGCAGAGGUGCUACCUAUUGAGGAGAGUGAAAUCCCAAAAGAGCUUGAGCAGCUCUUUGAGGAUAAGAAAGCCUGGGAUGCCCAAGAAAGGGAAGAAGACGAUGAAUUAGACCCGGAGCUCAAGCAACGAAUGGACUUCACAUUUGACAAAUACAGUUGUGUCUUCAAGAAGUUAAGGUCGCUAGAUGCGCUCAAGGGUCUUUCUGUGGAAGAGCUCCUAGAAGACCCAAAUGCCAAGAAUAUGUUGGGACAGAGAAGAAUAAUUGAGAAUAGUAAUCUCAGGGAGUUUGCUAAGAGCAUCAAACCAUUCAUCGACAAGAGCAAGCAAGUUGGAGAUGGGUUUGCGUACUCACUUUGGCCCCUUGUGAAGGUUGUCAAGCUUUAUAUAAAGACCGACAUUCUCAAAACUGGCAUCGUACUUGUCGACUUACCAGGAAGCCAUGACACGAGUGCAGCAAGAUCACAAAUGGCCGCGCAGUAUAUGAAAAACUUGGCUCUGUGCUGUGUUACUGCGGAUGCCAAACGAGCCGCCACAGACAAGGGGGCUAAAGAUACACUCAAUGAUGUUCGGCGCCGUACCAUGCAGCUGGAUGGGCUUUAUUUGAAAGAUUCAAUCUUCUUCAUAAUUACUGCCAUAGACGCAUCAAUUGAACCGGAUACAUACAUCCCCGAUCAUCCUGAAUUGGAUAGCGCUAUCUUAGAGGAUGUAAAACUUAGCAAUAGCUACAAAGAAAGCAUCACUCAACUUGACAAUGAGUUGAAGGAGAAGGACUCGAGAGCUAGAAAACUAGAGAAAGUCAUACAGCAAUGCGAUGAAAGGUUAGCGGGACUAAAAGCCCAAUUCGAGCAGAUCAUCAGCCAGGGUGGCGCUCAGAAUCAAAACAAGAAGCGCAAACGAGGCACAACUCCAUCAGCUGGUCCUGCAGCUUCACCAGAAGAUCACAAAGCGGUCAAGUACUAUCUCUCUUUGCAGAAGUUGCGUGCCGAACAUCACGAUGAUCUCAACAAAGUAAACAUUGAGUCAUUGAAAAUGCACACUAAAAAGGAGAGUUAUACCAAGGUGAAGCUGAACGCAGACUUUCGCAUUAUGAAUCAAUGUAUUGCGAAUCGUAAGAAAUUCCAAGUUGAGGUUAUCACGAAGGACUACGAAACUACGCGAAAGGAAAUUAGUGACAAGAAGUCUCAUAGGCCUUUGCCUGUACAUUGUGUCUCUGCUGUAGCAUUCAAGCACCUGGUUGAUGGGAAUGAAGCCAAGGCAAUGGAGAAAGGAUUCAAAACUAAAGCCGAUACGGGAAUCCCGGGUUUGCGGGACGGGCUGAUCUCAACUACUUGGGAGCCUCGCCUCAAAAAUGGGCUUGCAUUCAAUGAGGAGCUUCACAAUGCUUUUGCCCGGUUGGAAAAGUGGUUAGAAGAUACAACAGCAUCUUUUAAGAUGACCGCUGAAGAGAGACUACAAUUGGAUGGAAAGAUAGCUCAGGUUUCAAAGAAUAUUGAUGAGAGUUUUGCUCAGUUGCAUAUCACCACCGGCAAGUCGGCAGAGCAAUUGAUUGAAAAGCGUCUUCUCAGUGCCUUUUCAAAGAUCUCCAAGAAAGCUGCUGCCAAACUUAGGAAGAGAGUAACAAAAACCGUGUGGGUCUCCAGACCAAUAAUUUGGAGUACACAUCGAGCUCUUAACAAGAAUCAUGGGGUAUGGAAGAGCUCUCAUGCUGGCUUGUUCGAUUGGAAUGAGGAAAUUCACGGCGAGUUUGUUGAUAUCAUUAAAAAGGGAUGGGCACAAACCUUUCAUGUGAACAUACCUACGGUGGUUUCGGAAUACAUUCAAGAAGUCGAAAAGCGACUCGCUGAUUAUGCGGACAAUCUCCUGUCUGCAGCAUUGGGCAUCUCGCCCUCACUACGUGAAGCCUUUGAGUACCUACACGAUAGUGUUCUCCGAAAUAGAUUGGUCAAGCCAAUCUGUGAAGAGGCUUGGAUGGCUGUCUAUGAAAAGUGUGGCGCUGAAAAGGGUAAGGGUCUUUAUGCCCGCAACAAAGCUACGCAUAAGAAGCACUUGAAUGGCCUUGGAGGCAUAGCUAUGUAUAAAGCCUGCUGUGAUCAAUUGGAAACUGCUCUCCGAAGUAUGUGUGGAGAUCUCCACAAUCAAUUCGAGGAGAACUACAAAGAGAUCAUGCAGGAAUUCAAGGACGAAAUGACUGCUACUCUCGAUCAACACACCAUGGGUGGAGAUCGCAGAAGCAAUAGGCAGAGAACCUCGUUGACGAAGGUCAAAUUACAGAAACUCCUUCCAAGCAGGAUCGAAGCUCUUUACAAAGACUGGCAAGCCGAGCCUUCCGAUGAGCCCAAGGAAGACAAGAUGAAGCCAAAUGAUGCAAAGCUCGACAGUGACCGAACCGAAGCAGACGAAGAGCUGUUCCUGAUAUCGAUGAUCUUAUGA